AUGGACAAACAAACAUAUGAGAGCAUAUCGAGAAGGCUUGAUGUACUUGAAGUUGCAAUUGGCCAAGGUUCAGAAACUGAAUCUACUUUAAUUGAGCAAGUUUCACAUUUACAGAAACGAGUAAAAGAUGUUUACCAACAAACGUCUGAGUUUGAUUCACUCCAACGAAUGCUCAAGUCAUUGGGAUUGUGGGAUAGCGAAAAGAUAAUCCCUCGUGAAAGGAAUGCGAAACAACUUCAUGAGCAUGAUCAAGAUCAAGAUCAAGAUCAAGUACAUAAAGAUAUUCAUCACAAGAGAACUGAGCUUCUUUUGAACUACACUACUAUCAAAGAAGCUUAUGACAAUUUGACUAAGUUAUCAACAUUGGAUACAACUAAAUUAAUUAACUACAUUGAUUCUAGUCAAGAUAAGACUCAUAAUUUCAAUGAUGAUAUGUUGAAAAUCAUAUCAAGAAAAGACGAUUUAGAGUGGAUAAGUUCUACAUUUCAUGCAUUAGUAGUUAAAAACAUUAUUGUAUUCGAAAAAUAUAUGAACCUAGUGGUUACCGAAAAUCAAUUCUGGCUUGAUACAGAAGAUAAAUUACGAAAAUUGCAAACCUCAAUCAAUCAAAUUGAAAUAAAGGAAAAAUUAAAGCAUAAAUAUUGA